AUGGAGCAUCUGCUGCGCGCGUGUGCGAGCGCGCGGGAGCCGGGCCGCAGGUGGGAGUCCCUGGCCGUGUUCUGCCCUCUGAGCCUCCGUGCCCUCCCGGGUGCUGCUGCCCACGGCUGUGCGGCUGGUUCUGAAGGCUGCUCCGUGCACUGGAAGCUGGCAUGUGUGUCCCUUCAGGCUCCAAGGUUCCACAUGGCUGAAAGCCUUCCCAAGAACCGGACAGGCGCUGAACACUUGUGGCUGAUGCGGCACUUGAAGGAUCCCUUUGUGAAGGCUUCGAAGAUGGAAAGUUAUCGCUGCCGGAGCGCCUUCAAGCUCCUGGAGAUGAAUGAGAGGCACCGGAUCCUGAGACCCGGCCUCCACGUGCUGGAUUGCGGGGCGGCGCCUGGGGCCUGGAGUCAGGUGGCAGUGCAGAGCGUCAAUGCUGCCGGCACAGAUCCCAGCGCUCCUGUUGGCUCAGUGCUGGGCAUCGAUCUUCUCCACAUCUCCCCGCUGGAAGGGGCAACCUUUUUGUGCCCUGCUGACAUGAUGGACCCAAGAACCCACCAGAGGAUUCAGGCACUGCUUCCUGGCCAGAGGGCAGACGUAAUCCUGAGUGACAUGGCUCCCAACGCCACGGGGAUCCGGGACCUGGACCACGACAGGCUCAUUGGCCUCUGCUGGUCCCUUCUGGACCUGGCACCGCGUAUCUUGCACCAGGGGGGUGUGUUCCUGUGUAAAACCUGGGCUGGCAGUCAGAGCCUCCGGCUGCAGAAGCGGCUGGCACAGGAGUUCCAGGGCAUGAGGACGCUGAAGCCCAGGGCCAGCAGGAAGGAGUCAGCAGAGGUGUACCUCCUGGGUACCGGGUACCGGAGAGGAAAGGGGCCCCUGGUGGAGUGA